GUUCCCAACCACCACUAUGUCGGCGCGGAGCCCCGCUAUCCAGCGAAUCAGCCACAUCGAGGUUCCGUCAUCUCCCUUCGCGCUGUCUUCGUACUCUCGCAUCGGAGAACAGCCCGAGGCAUCCACCACCAAGGGCAAGGGCGUUCAACGCUCAAGUCACGCCGGGAUACCGCCUUCGCCUAUCGCAGCCACGAAGCAGAAGCCCCCCAAAUCUCGUAUCGAUGUCAUGGAUACCGCGAACGACGCCACGACGCAGUCGCGUGUCGACAACACCUCCAACGCAGCUCUCAAGCGCAAGUUGUCCGCGUCCAACGUGGCCGUCGACAUGACCGCGUUGAAGAAGACCAAGGCCGCGGAUGGGACUGCCAAACCGGCCAAGACAUCGAAGCCGACGGAGAAUGCUCAGCCUGGUGCUGAGACCCAGCUGUUCUAUUGUCAUCAGUGCCGCAAGAAGCGGAGUGUCGAAGGGAGCCGUCGCUGCACUCGACUGUUACCUCCACAGGGAAAGAAGGGCAUAGAGAAGCAGUGCAGCGCAUCUUACUGUGCACAAUGCCUUACCACACGUUAUAAGACCGACGUGCUUAACCCGCUACCCUCUGGUUCUUGUGCCGAUCAUAAGCACUUGAAGUCCGCUGACUAUACAUGGUGUUGCCCCAAAUGCCGAGAUAUCUGCGCUUGCUCAACGUGCCGACAUGCCAAAGGGCUGGACCCACUAGGCCCCAGCAAGCAACCUAAGUCGGAGCCUGCGAAGGCUGAUAGCAAGAGUGGCGCGGACAAGGUCCCCGCUAAGACCAAGCCGAAGCCGAAGCCAACCGCGAAGCCGCAGGCCGCUGACCAGGAUGUCAAGGGAAAGAAGGUAGCGCCGGCGACAACUGAACGUGCCACGAAGAAGACGGCAGCCGCGUCCCGCCCCAAGGCAACUGCUCCCAAGACCAAGCCAGAGUGCACGGUACCGUGGAGGCCUGUGUCCGGUGACAUUGACUUCGAUGAGGCCGUGAUUCGUAUGAAUAUCCGCGAGUUUGCCCUCCGUUUCCACCAGGCAAUGAAACCCGCGCUGCCGAAGGUUGUAGUAGAGGAGUUCGAAAUGCUGGUGACGCCCUCGUUCACAGACGCUCCGGACGCGCUGGUUCCGUGGAUUAGCGAGCCAUGCGCGAAGGCAAUCGUUAUUGGCCUCCUCUCGAUGAUAGUAGAAACUCGCGAGGGCGACGCUAAGCUGGGGUUCCAGCGCGCCAUCAAGGAUCUCAAGCAGACUGGGGUCACCCUCAGCAAGGUCUGGGGCAUCCUCGAAGGGCUGCGCGAGUAUUUCCGCGGGCCCGACUCGGGCAUAUACAUGCACUCUGAGGAGGAAGAUCCGAAGAGGUACACCAAGGUCCGUUUGCCUGACCCGUUGCCGCUCCCAGAGGGCACGGUGAGGAAGACGCGGCAGAUGAAGGACCAGUCCGGCAUCGUUGUCGCGCAGACCGCGCAGCUGGUGCCCGUCAUUGCGGCGUUGGCAGAGGCUGCGGGCUUCUGUCCUGCAGUGCGCGACGUGCUGGACUCGAGCGCGCAGGAAAUCAGAGAUGCGAUUAAGGACAUGCGAGACGCGCUGAAGGUCGAGAACGACCGGUGGGAUACGGAGCGGAAGGCGAUGGACGGAAAAGACAAGGCCGAGGAGGCAAGGAAGCGCACGGCCCACAAGCAGAACGUGCAGGACAUUGAGGACGCGCUCAAAGUGAUUACACUCAGCCACAACAUCCGCUGCAACACACUGCUGGGCGAAGACAUCGACGGUCGCGAGUACUAUGUCCUCGCCCCGAGUCUCGCCCAGCGCGACCUCGCGCUGGCCUUUCUCGCCCAUAAGGCGUCACCGGGCAUGGUCAAGGCCAAGCGUCGCCGCGGGCGGGACCUCAACGAGGCGCGCGCGCUCAAGAAGUGGUCGACCUUCGUCGCGGUGUACGGCAAGCGGCCGGAGAGCGCGCCGACAGAUGAGGACGACGAAGAGGACGGCAAGACCCGGGGUUGGUUCGGGUUCGCGGACCCCGCGGACAUCGAGAAGCUCGCGGAGUGGGUGAAGGCCUGUGCGGAGGCGAAGCCUGAGGACGAGGAGGCCGCGAAGAAGAUGGAUGCGCGCGCGAGUUCUGAGUCGGCGAACGACCGGUGCGGACCUCUUGUGAAGGGGCUCCUCGACUUCGCUGCGUCGACGCGCUGGCAGGUGAAGGCGGAUGAGGUUCCGGGGAGGAAUGGUGUCCCGCUGAAGCCUAUUCCCUGUGCUAACUUCUACUCGUAAGGGACGAGAGUAAGCAGGAGCGCCGCCUGAUAUACAGGCUGGCGAUCGAACUUCGCGACUAUAGAUGUGCUACGUAUCUGACGACACUGUUAUGACUGACUCCUUGCUAUCGACUUGCAUCGCAUCUAUUUAUUCUGUAACAUACGCAUCAGCUAUCCGGUAGAAUGACUAUCGCUUCUUGAGGGUU